AUGGAAUACCACGUUGAAUACUCAUCAAGCAGGUCGGGAAAAAUAGAAAAUGAGUCAUUUGUACAUAAACCAUUGAUGGAAACAGGUGUGAAAAGAAAUAAAAAUAUCUUUAUAGCACUUUCUGUUUCAACAGUAUGCCUGCUGGGUGGUUGUGCAAUUUAUUAUUCUCGUACACAGAAGGAAAAUUAUAACCCUGUGUAUGGCAAUUCAUUGGAUGAACAAAGCAGUGAUGAUUCCAUUAUAAAUUCCUUUUUGAAUAGUGAAAGUGGAAAAAAAUUUAUUGCCUCCAAGUUAUCAGAAUAUCUGGCAUCCUAUGGCAAAACUGCUGAUACGUCAGAAGAUAUGCAAGAUUCUAAUUUCGGUUAUGAGCAACACAUUGAUGGAACUGAAAUUCCUAGCAUAAAUAAGGAAAGUGUAAAGGAUGGAGGAAGAGCAGAAGAACACUACAAGAAUCGAUUUGGGAAUUUGAAGGUAACCCAGAGGAAUGACAUAAUAAACCUAGCCGAUCCUAAAUUUUUGAUGGCCAACUUAGAAUCAGUGAACGCCUUUUACUUGUUUGUGAAGGAAUAUAAAAAGAAUUACACUACUGCUGAUGAAAUGCAAGAAGGGUUUAUUGCAUUUUUGGAUAAUUUAAAAAAGAUUCAAACGCAUAACCAGAGUAAAAAAAAAAGCUUAUACAGAAAAGGGAUGAACAAAUUUGGAGAUUUAACCUUUGAACAAUUUCAGAAGAAAUAUUUAACUCUAAAAACAUUUGAUUUGAAAAAGAAUGAAAAUAACAUAAAAGGUCUUGUUACAUAUGAUGAAGUAAUUAAAAAGUAUAAACCCGAUGAUGCAACAUUUGAUCGUGCUGCUUAUGAUUGGAGAUUACAUAAAGGUGUUACUCCUGUGAAGGAUCAAGGAAAUUGUGGUUCAUGUUGGGCAUUCAGUGCAGUAGGAGUUGUUGAAUCACAAUAUGCCAUUAGAAAAAAUGAAAUUGUAAGCAUAAGUGAACAACAGUUAGUUGAUUGUUCAAAGAACAAUUUAGGGUGUAAUGGAGGUUUGAUUCCAUUAGCUUUUGAAGAUAUGGUAGAAAUGGGUAGUCUCUGUUCAAUUAUGGAUUAUCCAUACUAUGCUGUUGAUACAGAUGUAUGUAAAAAGGAUACUUGUAAAAAGAAGUAUAAAGUUAAUAACUUUUUAGAAAUACCUGAAUUUAAAUUUAAAGAAGCUAUUAGAUAUAUUGGACCCAUAAGUGUUAGCAUAGCUGUUUGUGAUGAUUUCACUUUUUAUCAAGGUGGUAUAUUUGAUGUAGAUUGUGGAAAUAAACCAAACCACGCUGUCAUUAUCGUUGGUUUUGGUGUUGAAGAAAUAUAUGAUGAGGAUACCCAAAUGAACAAAAAACACUAUUAUUAUAUUAUUAAAAAUUCGUGGGGUAUGGAUUGGGGUGAGAAAGGAUUUAUGAGAUUUGAAACAGACCUAAAUGGAUACAGAAGGCAAUGUGCCCUUGGUGAUGAGGCAAUGGCAGCAUUGGUAGAUUAA